GUUGACAGGGUUUUUAUUUUUAUUUUUUUAUUAUAGACCUUUGCUUUGCAGUAGAGUUACCGAUUGACUUACACAGGCUGUAUUGUUCCACUUGUGUCCAGCACUUUUAAGAUCAUUUGCAUAUUAACUGACCCUCAAUACCCGGGGUGGACUUCAGACUGUUUGAAAACGACACAUUCGUAUAAGUAACUAUUCAACCAGGAAGUCGAGGCAGGUGCGUUGCGAGGUUGUUCCUCAUUUGCAGUUACAGGUGAGUCAGUCGGUCGUUUCCUCGUAUUGCACUGACUCAUGACAUUCCAGGUGCGUUUGGGAGAAGGACGCACUUCUAGUACGACUCCUUUUAACAUUUUGAAUCCAAAAGGGAACAAAACCAGAGGAAGCCAGAUGACGCCAAUGGGGACCAACUUCAUCCAGAGCGAUAAUGGUUUUGUGGAAACUGAUCCCAGACCGGUGGAAUACGGCCAAGCUUUACAGAAGAAGACUGUGAGAGAACUGCUGCUGAUGAGACGCCAGAAAUGGAACUGCUGGCAGGACGACAGGAACUUUGCGCAUGUGUUUAAACGUGCAAAGUUUGAAGCUUGUGCCAACGAGCUGUCGGGCCCUCCGGCACCACCGGUGAACUCCCAUGUCACGGAAAACGGUCACGUUACCCCACAACAACAACAACAACAACAACAACAACAACAACAACAACUGCAACAUUCGGCUCUGCAGGGACGACAGACUCCGACUGCAAAAGUGGAAUUUACUUUGUUUCACUGGCAGAUACAGCAAGAGUGGCAGAGAGUCGGAGGGGUUUCUCCCGAGAUGCUCAGCCUGCAAGAUGAGGACGGUGACACAUUUCUUCACAUCGCAGUGGCAAAAGGUAGACGGGCUCUCGCUUAUGUGCUUGCGACAAAAAUGGCUCCGUGUGGCUCUCUGGACAUAAAAGAACACAAUGGGCAGACGGCUCUUCAGAUCGCAGCCGCCACCAAUCAGCAGUUCAUCGUCCAGGACCUGCUGAUGCACGGAGCCCAGAUCAACACUCGGGACUACUGGGGCCGGUCUCCUCUGCACCUGUGUGCCGAGAAAGGCCACGUUCUCAGCCUUCAGAGGAUCUGGAUGACCCUGGCGGGGAGCGGGCAGCCGAUCGACAUCGAGAUGUUCAAUUACGACGGUUUAACGCCGCUGCACGUAGCGGCGCUGUCUCACAACGCCGCCGUCAAAGAGCUGAGGGGUCCGGCCGAGCUUUGCUCCCGUCGGGCAAAGGAGCUGGUGCAGAAGGCGCGGAGGUCUGUCCAGUGCGUCGAGACUCUGCUGGUCAUGGGCGCUUCCUGCGGGACAAAGGAUCUAAAAAGCGGAAGGACGUGUCUUCACGUGGCUUCCGAGGAGGCGAACGUCGAGCUGUUGAACAUUUUCCUCGCGCGGCAGUCUUCGUUCGUCAACGUUCAGGCGAGUGCUUUUGCGGUAGUGAAAUCAAAGUCAAGCCGGAGCGACGCGCAAACUGAUCCUGCCUCUGUACGUUUCAGACCUUCGGUGGAAACACCGCCCUGCACGUCGUCAGCUCUCUGCAAAACCACGACGCUCAAGUGGAAGCCGCGAAGCUGCUGAUGAGAAACGGCGCCGACCCCCGGAUCAGGAACUUUGAAAACGAACACGCGUCUCAGCUGGUGCCCGAAGGAGCGAUCGGUGAAAAGGUGCGGAAGAUCCUGAAAUAUUUUAAGGCUUAAGUAAAGCUCAAAAACACCGUCAGUCAGACGGUCCAAUCUAUCCUAAUAAUAUUUGCCAAAACGAGGCAGAUGUCGGUCGUUUCCGUGAAACAGGCCAUUGUUCGUUACGAUGUAACGCCCAACGAAGAUUUGUAUUUUUUUUGUUCGUUAGCUUUUAUCGUUUCAAUCGUCAGCCCGGUUAGGGUUUGAGAUUGCGACACGCUCUUUAAAUCCAUUGUCGUUGCUUUUCUUGUUUUAACAGAGUAGUUUGAAGACCUGUUACGUUAAGACUAUUGUGUUUAGCUUAAAGUGUAAAUGUUAAGCCGCGCGUCAUUGUAUUCGGAAAAACAUUAUUAAUUGUUUAACGCGGUGUGGGUUAUUUUUAUAGUCUCGUUUGUUUAAAAAUGUGCAUGCGUUUUCUCAACGGUUUAAUAUCGUCGUCGCGAGAUGACGUGGUGAAAUGUCUUACUGAAAUCGUUUGGAGAUAUUCCAAUAUUACCUGUACAUUUUGAAAAGUUGUUUAGUGAAAGGUUAUGGAAAUACAAAACAGUACUUUAUCUGUCUAUUUGUGGGGUACAUGAAGUAAAAAAUAACGUACGUGACAAUAACUCUUUUUUUUUUUUGACAUUUUAUUGUGAAAUAUACAUUUUAAGGAACGAUACACAUUUCGUAAAUGUUUCUUUUUAAUCUCAAAUUAUCAAUGUACCGUAUUAAAGGUUUGUCUCGUCUCA